AUGCUAUUCAACCUUGGCUUAACAGCGGAUGCGGCAGCAGCUCACGAAAACGAAUACCCCGGGUUACCAUCCGAAACCCAGAUCCCUAGCCCGACGCGUCAUUCGUCCCCGGCAAUUUCAUUCGCUUCCCUGCCAUCGUGGGGACUAGGCAGCAUCUAUAACCGGCGCAAACCCACGGAACCAGAAACGACGCAGCGUACAAUGCCGCGCAAAGCUGCCAUUGAUACAUUAUCCUCGAGCGAUGACGAGCGUUCGACAGUCACCCCAGUCCUAGCUCCAUCAAGGAUCGCCCGUUCGCAAUCAGUUCGGAAACAAUCGUCGCGCCCUAAAACGUCAUACCAGCUAGCGCAUCCCGCGGCCCACGCACGCCAUAGGCGAUUAAAGCUCCGGCCUAAGCUUCUCCUGCAGCUUCAACGUGUGUCGCAAACCCCACGACCUCUCCCACUUUUGGAUGUGCUUCCCUCCACCGUGUUCCUGCCACCUCUAGCUCGCAAGUUCCCGAUGAUCUUCCGCGGUAAAAAAGGACUAGGCCCCAAUGACCUCAUUGUCGUAACUAGUGACCUCUAUGAGCGGGCACCGGGCGAUAAUGGGGAUAGGUCCCUAAGCUCCGAUGAUGAAGGCGGAGAACAACGUGAGGUGGUCGCAACGAUAUGCCAGCUCUUCAGGGACGAUGCUCUAUCGAAAGGGAAGGCGGAGAUCUGUUUGAACCAUGGACCAGUUUGGGAGGCCACGCCUCUUGCCAAUGGCUCCUAUGAGUUUGUGGCCAAUACAGAUGAUGGUAUCCAGGUCCUGCGGUGGGUUCUGAGAGGUGGGAGGAAUCGUCGCGUGUCUGCGCCCCCAGGCUUCUCGCAAGAGGACAGCAAGCGGUUUACGUUCAGCGUGAUCAAUCCUAGCACUCGCCGUCACCCGGUUGUUGGUACGAUGACACGCAAUCACCUCGAGGUGUAUGAUGAGUACUCGAUUCCGACCACACCGGGUAUUGCUGGCUCGCCAACUUCCGCCAUGUCCGUGCUCAGCGACUUCUCCGAGAUGGAUGAUCCACUGGACCGAAAGGUUCUGAAAACCGACAAUGACCUUCGCAUGCUGAUCAUUAUCACCAGCAUAUGGGUAGCCUUUAGGGAAGGCUGGUCUCAUAACUUCACUUACGACGAUUCAGCCUUGGCGAUCAACACUAAGACAAUGUGUCCGUCGAGACACAGCUCGCCAACUGCGAUUAGAAGUGAGACUGACAGAUUCACCGAGAGGGAUGAUGGCCACGAUGAUGUUCCCCCGCUAAAUGGUCGAAGACAUCGCCUCUCGACAUCCAGCUAUGUCCCUUCACAAUCCACGGUGUCCGACCGAUCGACGACCUUUGGGAGCUUAUCGAGACGGUCCAACUCAACUGGUGCGGCCUUCAUUGAGCGGACUAACCGACGUGCUUCGGGUAGCAACGGUCGUCUCACCCGACACAGUACGCUCUCCAGUCCUCGCGAGCAGAGACAGGACGAAACCGUCGAAGCCAAGCCUGCCCGACAAGACUCCAAGAGCCGCAGGUUAUUUUCCCAUAGGAAAUCCGACGUCCAAGAUUUCAAGAUGACAGCUUCCCCGGAUCAAGCGAUAGACGGGUCCAGGGGAUACGAAAACAACCAGUCACGCCAAGCCGAUUCUUUUCGCGACAAAGGUAUUGACUCCCCCGCAGACUCGGCGCCGAGCAAGGGAAAGCGUCGGCAUCGGAUUAGCAGCCUCUUCGAAUAUAUUAUUCGCAAGACCGGACAUCAUCAUUGA